AAUGUUACUGAAAAUCUAUACUUGUAUUUUAAGAAUGAGAUGUGUGAUUUGGUAGAAGAAAAGUAUGAAAUAAAUGAACAUUUUACUACCAGUACAGUGUCUAAUAAUCGUGACAAAGAUAUGAUGCUGAAUGAUCAAGUAUUCUAUGUCCACUUUCUCUUUAUAUAUAAAUGGUGUAAUGUCAGAAAAGUCUAUUACAACAACGUUGAACAAACUUCAGCUAUUAGUAGAAUAUAUGAUGUCCAAGGAGUAAUAGUUACGAAUAUUGGAUUUACUAAGAAAGCUAUCAUGGUGGCGAAAGAACAUGGAGUGAUUCUUGCUAUGCUAAACACGCUUUUAAAUAAGCUUCGGUUUUGA